AUGUCGAAUAGUACUGGUACUGCUGCUACGAAUAAUACUUAUGUUCCUCAAUCCCAUGUUGCUUUUCAUGAGGACGAUUACACGCAUCCUUGCCAUCCACUAUAUGUUCAUCCAUCAGAUGUGCUAGGAAACUCUUUGGUUUCGGUGCCAUUUGAUGGAACUUGCUAUGGUAGUUGGAAAAGGAACAUCCUUGUAGCUUUAUCCAUUGGAAACAAGUUAGAUUUUAUAGAUGCUAACUCUCAGAGUCCUCCUGAGGACUCUCCUCUGAUUCGACAAUGGCAAAGGUGUAAUGAUCUAGCAGUUUCAUGGUUGACAAAUUCGAUGACUAAAGAAAUAGCUCGCAGUGUUGAGUAUUCUGUGUCUGCUAGGGAUAUUUGGGCUGAAUUAGAAGAAAGGUAUGGUCAAACGGAUGCUGCUAAGGUUUUUGAGCUAAAGAAAGAGCUGGCUCAUAUAUCGCAGGGUUCUCUUGAUGUGGCUUCUUAUUUCAAUAAGAUCAAGCAACUCUGGGAUGAAAUUGCUUCUUUAUCUGUUAGUAAAGCCCAUAGUUGCACUUGUGAGGCUAAAUCUAAAUAUGCCAAGGAUGAGGAUGUUUAG